AUGAGAAAUUACAACACAUCGCGACUUGGAGGAGUCAUGGAUGAUCCGCUUGAGCCGCGAACGCAGAUUGAAGAAAGGCAGUCACCCGUCCAGAUCGGGUCUGACCACCCCAUUUUCACUGACAUCAGUAUUACCGGAAAGCCCAGCCUGCUUCACAUGUGGGUUGGCUGUCCUCGGCUUGCCCCAUACAAGGAUCUGCGGUGGAAAGAUUUCCAAGGACAUAAGGGGCCAAGAUCUCCCCACAAAAUGAGUUCUGGUCUCAGACGUCAACCGCAGGGAAUCCCUCCUGUCAAGUUACCUUUGUAUGAAGCAACGGCCCAAGAUGCUGCGUUUCUCCGCCUUUAUUUCAACCCUGGUGCUCUCCAGUACCGCGCUGGCUGGCUUUAG